UUGAAAAACGUUCGAUAACGUCUUAAUGAUUUUUGGGGUAAAAACUGACCAGUGGUAUUGUGUAAUCUUGCGCAGUAUGGCUUUAUUGCAUAACAGACCGCAAUCUUUGAUUGCACAUAAUAAAGUUAGGCUGGACGAAUCGGAUACCUGAACGAAAAUAUGUACAAUUAUCCCGGGGCUAUUUAUGCGCAUUUAUGUGUAAUGUAUAACGGACCAAUAUACGAAAACUGACCUUUACUUACGUGUAUGUUUAAUCGGGACAUUGAUGUAUAUUUUUGUUUACACUUUUGUUAGAAGGAUCUAUAGUGCACUAUUAUCUUUCAUGUUACAAGUUUUAUACGAAGUUGAUCAUCACGUGCAAUGACAACUAUGAAUGAUGUAUUUUUACUCGUGCACGGAGGCUGAAACUACCUUCAAACAGAAUUGUCCGCCUGUGUGGUCUGCAGAAGUCGUAUAAGACAGAUAUUGCGAAUCUAUUUGGAACGAUUCUCAAAUGAAGAACCGCAUUUGAUGUAUUUUUCAUUCUGUGAGCGGACGCUAAGGAGAAGUUACAACAUUGGAACAACGUGAAAAUAGAAAGAAAAAAUGAAUAGCCAAAAAGAAGAAUUCAGUAACAUCUCGGGUACGGAUAAAGAGGUGCUACAAUCACGUGACAACGAGAGCCAUUAUUCAAAUGAUCAGACCCUGUCAGGUGAACACGGCGGCGUUGACAACAACAUAUCGUCAGGAAAAGAGUGUAAUAUAGGUUUAGCAAGAGAAAAACUCAGUGAUACUGUAUACGACCUCUCAGAAUAUUGCGAUACCACAGAUGAAAAUAACGCUCAACGUGAUACAAAUAAGCAUAGUAAUAUAUUGGAAGAAGGACUGUAUGACGGUGAUAUUGCGGAGAUUUAUCUUGGCGAGGGGAUUGGAAGUGUUGAAAAAAUAAAGAGCUCUGAAGGAAGUGACAGUAAUUUAAGUGAAAUGACCAACUCUUUUGGACCGAUGGAAGACAGUGAAGUAGAUCUCAAAGCCAACAGUUUAUCUCCAAACAAAAACCAAGAACUUUUACCAAGUGGAAGUGACAGUGCGCAGUCAAGUGUUGCGCAGAUCGAUGUGGCUAAACUUAAAAUAAUUAACCAAACUGGUUGCCCAAAUGAAACCAGGAAACGACCGCUAUCACCUAAUGAUUUCCCAGAGAACACUUUAGACAGCAAAAGAGUGAAGUCAGAACCCGUUACGUACUUUGACCAUAGUCUAGAUUCAGAUGCCAAUAAGGGUAACAAUAAUGAUGGUGUUAUAGAUCUCUGUCCCCCGGUUGCUAUUGUGGCUCCUUUAGGGUUCUGUGAAGAUAUAUUUAUUGACGAUGUAGCAUCAGUUAAAAACACGAAAGAUGAAACAAAUUGCGUGAAAAAUGAUAUCUCUUCUAUAUUGGAUUCUCUCGAUCAAGAUGAUGAUAAAAAUUUGUCAAUGUUUGAUUCUGUGUUUGAAAAAAUGAAAACAGACAUUAUUGAAGGACAAUCAUUUAAAACACUUGAUGACGGGAAAUGGACAUUUGAUGGAAAACCAUCUAAUGUUAUUGAAAAUUUUUCAAAAGUUACUAAAGUUUAUAAAAAUGAAGACAGAUGCGAAAAUCAGAAUGUAACGAAAACAGAUAAAGAUUUGUCUAAAAAAACUGAGUUUAAAAGAGCGAAUUCAGUGGAGCAUGAUAUUGAAGACUUUGAAAAAGUGCUUAACAGUGUGAUUGCAAAUGCCAGUAGAUUCCCUAAAGGAAACGAAGGCGUAAUGCAUAAAUUUAGUACUUCACUGCCAGUACCUGGGAUACAAAGUUCUAUACACAGUAAACAGUGCAAACAGCCGUGCAGUCAUGUUUCAAAUUCAGAUCUACUGCGAGAGCUGUUAGAUCAGAAAUCUGACACCCAUGAUACACAAACUAAAACAAGACAAGAAAUUGACUUAUCCUUUUUGCAUUCUGAUCUCAUUUCGGGCAAAGGCUUGUCUGUAUCAAGUGAUAAAAUUCUGCAAACAAGAACUAUAGAUCCUCGUUUGACAAGUAUUCCGCACGUCGAACAAGUCUUAAACAUAGGUCAAGCAAAACUUGGUCAUGACAUAAGAGAGAAUAACCAAAUUUCAAAUCAUAAAUCUAAUGCCAUUAAAUUGCUGGAGGGCGAUCACAUAUCUCUCGCUGAACAACGGCGGGCAAGUGUCACAUUACAUCAUAAAGUUCCUUCACAUGAACAACAGACUCAUCAAAGCAAUAUGUUUAACGAGGGUAGUGGAGAUGCUUCAAGUAUAAUAAAGGAGGCCUUUGACUUUGCAACUGAAAUCUCUGACUUAACAAAUGAUGAAAGUGAUAGUGUAUCGUCGCAACCUGCUAAUUCGGUGCCAUUUGACGCUCGGCAACAAAUGUUAACAAUUGGUGCACUGCAUUCUAGUCCACAAAAUGAAAAUUAUUUGAAUAGAAACAGUUACAAUAAGAAUCUGAAGAUUGAUCCUAUGCAAAAUCAACAAAUGUUACGUAACUCUAGGAUGCAAGAAAUGCAUUCUGGAAAUGGUUUACUAACAUUUGCAAAUCCCAACGGUAUUCCGACAUCCGACCCAAACCUGCCUCCCCAACUCGCCGGUCCGUUUAUGAACUCACCUGAAAAUCCGAAUGCAAGAUCUCACGACAUUCGGCAACAGCAUGAUCCCAAUCAGAGGGCAGCACUUCUUUCUAGAAAGGUAGAGAAUAUGUCGCCACAUGGAAAUCGAUUACUUUCUGCCAACAGUGAAAUGCAAUCAUUAAAGGGAUCAUUUGAACACAUGCAGAAUCCAAACAUGAUGCACACAAAUCCAAUGAAACAGUUACAUAUGGGUCCAAUGGACCCUUCACGCAACACAAACAUGGCUCAAAGGCAGACUCCGCCUUACAUGGGCCAUAACAUUUCAGCUGGGUACCCGACAACUGUUGCUGCACGUGCAAAUCAACUGCCCAGAAGCAACAUCUCUGAUUUAGGACUUCAUUCGCAAGAGAAAAUGCACAGUUAUCGUUAUGAACCAGGCUUGCCAAUGAAUCAGAUGAGCAGAGCAAUGAUUCCGCCUGAAAAUAAUUAUUCUAUGGGUAUGCAAGAGAGAAUCAGGGCUAUGAACGUACAGCAAUGGUACAGGCGUCGUAUGCAGGCGCAAAUGAACAGGCAAGUGAAUCCACAGACACAGAUGAUGCGUCAACCAAUGCCGCAAACACAAGGGAUGGGAUCGCAUAUGAUACCACAUAGUCACGGAAUGGGAUUGCACCCUAAUACACAGGGACAAGGAUUGCGGAUGAGACAGCGUCAUUUAUACCAGGGGACUGGUUCUGGCUCCCAAAUGAUGCUUCCGGAACAGGGUGUUGAUCCACAGUUAAGAGCUAUGCAAACACAAGUUGGUCAUAAUACUCAUAUGAAUAACUCAAAUACAACUGACAACCAAAGAAUUCAACCACAUGUUUUCUCUCAGGGUCAAGGUCAAGAUCAAAUGAAUUUUGAAACUCAGAAUCUCAGGCAUAUGCAAUAUGGACAGCAGGUGAACCAACAAAAUAAAGUGGCUGAGUCUGAAGCGGUAAAUCCUAUGUAUAUACCAAGACCAUUUUCUGCCGAAGGAAUGGUAGAUAAUACGAACAGCAAUACUGCACCGCUCAGAGAACUCAGUCAACAGUUUGAUGUUAAACGUGACACAUUUAAUUCUCAGCCUGUCCAGGACAUGUUUCCUUUCAAUAUUUAAAGAAAUGCAACCACAGGCUAGUGCAGUUUAGCAUUUUGUGUAUAGGGUAUCAGUUUGAAAAUAAUGUUUAGUUAUCUGUGAUUGAUGUUGAAUUUUAAUGGUGAUAGAUUUGUUUUCGUUGUUUACUGCCAUUAUGAUAUAUAUCGAAGCAAUAAGAUAUUGUAACUUUUGUUAAAACUUGAAAUGGUUGGGAAUAAGAAAUGUAGUGUUUUUUAAACUAAUUUAACUGCCUUUGGUAUUUGUAUUUGAACAUAUUGAGGUAUUGUUUUUUUUCUCAGGAAACUAUUUUAAUGUCAUUUUUCAUACGGGUAUUUUUAUAUAUUGUAUUUAUGUAGGAAGAUUAUAUUGAAACAUACUUUGGAAGAUAGUAGACAAUAUCUAUAGACUUCGGUAAAAAGUUCUAUGUCCGCUUUGGAGAAUUUUACUAAAUGCCGGCCGGUCUCUCUGUCUGUCGACCGGUCUGUCAGUCGGUACCGAUUGAUAACUAGGUAACACUUAGCUCUACCACUGUUAAAUGCCUGUAUAUUCAGUAUAUGAUCCAGAUUGUUUUGAGGUCAGUAAUCUUGUGACCGAAAACGGUUUCCGAUCAUUUACUUAAUAACGAUUGUCCCGCAUUUAUCAAACUUCGAAGCAUGCUUGCCUGUACACAGCAAAAGCCUUCAGUUGUUUUAGGGUCAGUAGGUCAAAGGUCAAUGUCACAGUGACCUAUUUCCUUUCAAUAACUACAUAAAACUAUGCAUAACUUAGGAUGAAUGUCUAUCGUCAAUUAAUUAGUUCUUAUUGUUAUUCACAAAUGGUUCCUAUUGUUUUAUGUUCAGUACAUCAAAAGUCAAAGUUACAGUUACCUUGAGAUUAAAACAUUAAACCUUUAAAAUGAGUACUAACAUAUUGAGAAAGUGCUCAACUUUCAGCCUUGCGGUUCGACGUCAAGGUCAUCAAAUAUUAAAUUUUAUAUAAGGGCAAACAGAUUUUUAUGGUAUAAGCUAUUAGUCACACCGUUUGUGGGAAACGUAUAAUUUCCCGUAAAACAAUCCUAAAAUUAUUUUCUUUUGACCAAAGGAAGAGGUUGCGAGUUUGAUUCUCGGACGGGGUGAAUGUUUUACAUGACAAAAGACAGUUUGUUUGAAGUCGUUCGUCCUCUACCUUUUAUUGAUGGAGGAAAGUUGUCAGUUGUUUUCACAAAACAUGUCAGCAACAAACGUUUGAUAUUAAUGCGCAUGCGCGAGGUUUUUCGUUCAUACAUUUUAACAUGUAAGUUCACACCACCAAAGUGGUCUUUGUUGACGGGUUGUCUCUCAACACAGGUGAUUUUAUAUUAUUUAUAUUUGAAUUGGAAGAGACACAGCGGCCUUUAUGAUCAGGGCCUUUAUUACCACAUGUUUGACAGUUUAUGCAUGUGCAUAAUCUAAUACUUCCUUUGUUUAUAUAGUGUUUUUGAUCGUGUUCUGGAAUUGAUUUAGCGCCGUAGCCUGGUUCAUUUUAUGGAUAAAUAAAUGAAAAUUCAAAAACUAAUUGCGUUAUCAACCUUCCGUUUCCAGGAACUGUUGAAAUAUUUCUAUCAUAUCGACGUUCUUUUAUUGACGUUUUAUCAACACAAGAGUGCCAUAAUGCAUAAAUAUUUCAUGUUAUUGCUAAAAUAACCAUAAAAUAAUGUAAAUAACUUGAACACUGUAAUUUAUGUUUUCAGUCUAUUUUUAAAUAAAAACAACCUACAUACAAACACGUUUGUAAAAACCACCUAGGGGAAAUGAAAAAAGUUGUCUUUGUUGACAGGUGGUCUGUAUAUAUAUACAGGGUUUACACUAUUAAUGGAAUAACGGGAGAAGAAAAUAGUGACCUCUAUAAGCAGGUGAUAUUUAGCACGGGUUUUACUGUAUUUAGAUCGAGUAUAUCUUAUUUUAACUGAUACCCUGCUAAAUUUCUGUAAUGAACUUGUCCAUCUUUUAAUUUGGACAGUUUACCAUUAACUGUUAAAAGGGAUACCUAUCAAAAUAAACCGACUGAAUGGCGAACAGUGCAGAUCAUGUUCAGACUGUACGGGUGUGCAGGCUGAUCAUGAUCUACACUGGUCGCAAUCGUGUUUAGCAUGACAAGGGUUAGAGCGUUGUGGAAUAUUUUUAAAAUGUGUCUCGAAAUACUGAAUUCAUGCGUUUAGGGCUAAAUAAAAGAGCUAUUCCACAUUAUAUGUAUAUUUUAUACUUUGUACAUUUUUAUGAAAUUA